AUGCCAUUGCCAGUGCCACCCACCGUGCUGGUGCCGUCGGAGCGCGCAGUAGUACUGCUGUCUUGCGUGCUCUCCGCGCUCGGCUCGGGCCUGCUGGUGGCCACACACGCCCUGUGGCCCGACCUGCGCAGCCGGGCGCGGCGCCUGCUGCUCUUCCUGUCGCUGGCCGACCUGCUUUCGGCUGCCUCCUACUUCUAUGGGGUGCUACAGGACUUCUCGGGACCUUCGUGGGAUUGCGUGCUGCAGGGCGCGCUCUCCACCUUCGCCAAUACCAGCUCCUUCUUCUGGACCGUGGCCAUCGCCCUGUACCUGUAUCUCAGCAUCGUGCGCGCUGCGCACUGCCGCGGUUCCGGCCGUCUACUCUGGGCCUUUCAUAUUAUAAGCUGGGGGGUUCCGCUGGUUAUUACUGUGGUUGCCGUCUUGCUGAAGAAGAUUGGCUAUGAUGCCUCGGAUGUUUCUGUGGGCUGGUGCUGGAUCGACCUGGAGGCCGAGGACCGCGCCCUGUGGAUGCUGUUGACCGGGAAGCUGUGGGAAAUCCUGGCCUACAUCACACUGCCUGUCAUCUACAUCCUCAUCAGGAAGCACAUCAACAGGGCGCACGAGGCUCUCUCCGAGUACCGGCCUAUCCUCUCGGACGCACACCAGCGGCAGCACGGCAUGUCUGUGGCAGAUAAGAAGCUGAUCCUCAUCCCUCUCAUCUUCAUCUGCCUGAGAGUGUGGAGCACCGUGCGGUUUAUCCUGACGCUCUGCGGCUCCCCAGCCAUGCACAUGCCAGUGCUGGUUGUUCUGCAUGGCAUCGGGAACACAUUCCAGGGAGGGGCCAACUGCAUCAUGUUCGUCUUCUGCACUCAAACUGUCCGGACUCGGCUCCUCUCUGUCUGCUGCUGCUGCUGCUUCUCCUCCCAGCCUCCCCCGGAGAGCCCGGCCAGCCCUCCCCAGACACAGGCCAAGACAGGAGACUCUCAUGAAUCCAGACGGACCCCAGUGGAGCUUCCAAGCACCUGA